CAAACACCCUUCAGUGCUUACUAGCUCAUCUCUCAAUUUCUUCCUUAUUUUUUUUUUCUGCUUAUCCUAAAACUUAAAAUGGGUCAGAAAUCAGUUGCUGUUGGGCUGAAAAUUCUAAUUAAUCAGAAGAAAAUUUGUCAAGGCAAAGCAGAUGUUCCUAAUAAUGUUUUAAUUAUGUAUAGUUCAAGAUUCACCAAAGUGAAACCCAUCUUCCACACAAAUCCUGCGGAAUCUAUCAGUAUUGAACAUAAUUGUAGUUUCCUCAAAUAUUGUUUCCUUUGCAACAAGACUUUGAGGCUCGACAAAGAAGUUUACAUGUACAAGGGUGAUCUGGGCUUCUGCAGUGUGGAGUGUAGAAACAGGCAGAUUUAUUUGGAUGAAAUAAAAGAACUUGAGAAUUGUACUAAGAAAAUGUUACGAUCUUUUCGCCGAUGUGGAGACGAUGGCCGGCGGCGGUGUAGUGAGACUUCGGCUCUAUUGGAUGAGUACAAGCAACGGCGAAAUCCCUUGGCAUAUUCUAAGAAAAAUACUCGACCUAUAUUCACAUUCUCAUAAUUCGUUUUCAUUUUACUUUAUUCUCAAUUUCUUUUAUUGGUUCCAAUAGAAUCAUUCGAAUAAUAUAAUAUUAGUAUUAUUGAUCCAACUUAUUCCAUAUAUAUAUAUGUUUGAACGAAAGUUUCUUGUGAUUUCACCAUACUACUUAGUAAUUUUGUUUUCGGAAUUGAGGUGACAAGUAUAUAUUCGAAAUGUAUAAUUAUAAGUGACAAUAUGAGCUGUCGAAGAUGUUGAUGUCGGCGCAUAAGUCCAUUAAAGUCUCCUACGUGACAAUAAUUGAUGACGAGGAUGAUUGUCCA